AUGAUUAACAUAUAACCUAGGACAAGACAAGAAAGAGUAUUUAAAUUUAAUUAAUAUAUAGGAAGCAUUAAGAGAUAAAGAUAGAAUAGAGAAGAGUAGGAUCGAUUUGAGAGGUAAUUUAAAUCUAUAAUAGUAAAACAGUUGGAUUUGAGGCUAGGGGAUUAGGAGUUGGAACAUUGAUUCAUUAGGCACCUCCUUAGUCCACUUUGUAUGUUCCAGGUAUGAAUAGAGUAAUUCUAGAAAAUGAAAGAUUUGAUAAAGAUUUUGCAGUAGCAGACAAAAAGCAAAGAGAACAUGAAGUUUGGCAAAGAGAAAAGAUAAUAGAAAGAAAGAGAUUGGACGGAUUGGAUAGAGAAACAAGAAAAUGGGAUUAUUAAGAAAAAGUGGAAACCAAAGAUUAAGUAAAACUAAUGAGUCAUACACAAUAAUUAACUUAAGGGAAAAGGAAUUCAAACGGGUAAAUCAGGAAUUAAUUGUUUUGGUUAGGCUUGCUUAUAAUCCAAUUACUUUAAAAUAUGAUAACAGUGAAUAAGGCAAUUAAUUGAGAUAAUUUGAUGAUAAAGCCAAAGUGAGAUAAUUUGUAAGGGCUCAUAAUUUAGAUACUCGAGGAAAUACAUGUUUUAAUAUAUUAACUGGUGAAUAAAGGGGAGGAGUUGAUCAAAUAGUACCUAAUCAUUUGCGAUAAAAUUAUUAAUAGAGACUAAGAGAGGCAGAUGAAUAAUAGAACAUUAAACACUAUGCUAUCUAAUAAUAGUUAUUGAAUUAAUAUGAAUGA